AUGAUUGUGCUCCUGACUCCUCUUUGUGACCGCAACAUUAUUCAUGGCCCCUUCCUGGAGCCCGUGGUGGUUGGACCAGAUUCCUUCUCCAGUCGUGUAGGUGGCAUUCUUCCCAGUGUCCAGUCAGUCUCCAAACGCUCAGAGCACAAAGCCAAAUCUAUGCCCACUUACGCUGACUGUGUGUAUGAGAGGCCCUGUGUCAUCCGACUCCCUCGGGCGACCGGUUACCCAUUCCCCGACUUUGGAAUUAAACUUCUGCCCCCCUCCUUCACCCGCUGUAAUCUGGGCUGCUGA